CUUAGAGAGGACGGGGCUUGGCUUGAGAAUGCAUUGGCAGGGGGCAUCCGUGUCUUUAAAAAGAUCUUUGCUGCCACAUGAUCCUGUUUGUGAUUGUGAUGGUGCACUGGUUGCUUCACUGGAAGCGUUAGAAAGAAUGGAGCCUUCCCAACUGGAAUAUGUAAGGCGCCGCAGGUGUGACAGUGCAGCGUCUGUACCUCAGUUCUGCAACUCCCCAACAGUGAUUGUGAUGGUGGGAUUACCUGCCAGAGGGAAGACAUACAUCUCCAAGAAGCUCACCCGCUAUCUAAACUGGAUCGGAGUUCCUACAAAAGUUUUUAAUGUGGGCCAGUACCGCAGAGAGGCAGUCAAGACCUACAAGAACUUUGAGUUUUUUAAACCUGACAACGAAGAGGCCAUGAGGAUCCGCAAGGCCUGCGCUUCAGCUGCGCUCAAAGACGUUGCUGCCUACUUCACAAAAGAACAUGGACAUGUAGCCGUGUUUGAUGCUACUAACACCACAAGAGAGAGGAGGGCCGUCAUCAACAGUUUUGCAAAAGAAAAAGGCUAUAAGGUGUUCUUUGUAGAAUCAAUCUGUGAUGACCCAGACAUAAUAACCGAGAAUAUUAAGCAAGUAAAAUUUGGCAGCCCAGAUUAUAUCGACCGUGACAUAGAAGAGGCCAUGACGGACUUCAUCCAGCGCAUUGAGUGCUACAAGGCGAGCUACACGUCAAUAGACGAUGAGAGAGACAGGAAACUCUCCUACAUAAAGAUCUUUGAUGUGGGCAGUAGGUUCUUGGUGAACCGAGUCCAGGAUCACAUCCAGAGCCGGAUUGUCUACUACCUCAUGAACAUCCACGUCACACCGAGAACCAUUUACCUGAGCCGCCACGGAGAGAGUGAACUCAACCUGUUGGGUCGGAUAGGCGGCGAUUCGGGUUUGUCACCACGAGGACUAAAGUUUGCUGAUGCCUUGGCGAAGUUUAUCAGAGGUCAGAACAUCAAGGACCUGAAGGUGUGGACGAGCCACAUGAAGAGGACCAUCCAGACUGCAGAGGCUCUGGGCGUCCAGUACGAACAGUGGAAAGCUCUCAACGAGAUCGAUGCUGGUGUUUGUGAGGAGUUAACAUAUGAGGAGAUUCAGGAGAACUUUCCCGAUGAGUUUGCGAUGAGAGACCAGGAGAAAUAUCGUUACCGUUACCCAAAGGGCGAGUCCUAUGAGGAUCUUGUUCAUCGUCUGGAGCCGGUCAUCAUGGAGCUGGAGAGGCAGGAAAACGUCCUGGUCAUCUGCCACCAAGCCAUAAUGCGCUGCCUGCUGUCCUACUUUCUAGACAAACCUGCAGAUGAGCUGCCUUAUGUUAGGUGUCCCCUUCACACGGUGCUCAAACUCACUCCGGUAGCUUACGGAUGUAAAGUUGAGUCAUUUUUUCUCAAUAUUGAAGCUGUCAACACACACAGAGAGAGGCCAGGGAAUGUGAGCAUCAGUAGAAAGACAGAGGAAGCUCUUCUGACAGUUCCUGACCACAACUAAAGUCAUAUCUGGGAGAAAUGGACUACAGCUAUGUUAAUAGGUCGCAAUAAAUCUUAGAGAGCCACACACAUGUUUUCUGAUGGUAAACAGAAGAGAAAUGGAUCAACACAGAAGAACUGGAGGAGAUGGAAGGUGUUAAUCCAGACUCAAAUGGGCUUCUGUUACAAUACCAGAGAAGAAAAAGACCUACAACUGUGGAUAGUUCCUGUCUAAUCUGUGUGGUUGACUUUUCUGAUUCUGUUGAACGCAUCACAAACAGGUGGAGGUUAAACGUUUCAGACUCUAAAAUGGUUUAGAUUUUGUCAUUAAAGCCAAAAACUUCAGCAUAAUUUAUUUAUA